GAAGCUCAAUGCUCCAUCAUUGAGUCCAAAACCCUGAUUGGUCAAGAAUGUUGUGGGUGGUAAUCCAGCACAGAGCAGCAUAGUGGUUAUGAACCUGUUUAGUCAUCUGAAUGUUACUGGUCAAGUCUUCAGCGGGGCCUUGGCAACCACCUUUCGGCAAGGGGUUAAACUCAAUUACUGAAAUAUGUUUCUAUAUAGAUGGGUAAAGGCUGAGAAGUUCAGAUGAAAGCAUCAAUUAAGCAACUGAAUGCACUUUCCUUGAUGAGUAGAUCCGCCUAGUUCGUCAGCUGUUGCCAGUUACCUGUGAGGAACUAUGACUGUAGGAAGGAAGUCGACAAUGACAUGUCAUAUUGAGAGGACAGUCACACCUCUCCGUGACUCCAGCAGCAACUUCAGUGGAUUAUUGCUCUGUCACAAUGCCAUUUCCCAGGAAGACAAACACUGUGAUGGCCAGGGACACGUAGCGUCACACUCAAAGUGGGAUGAGGAACUUGGUACCCGACUCUCCAGCUCAGCUCAGUUCUGGCACCCAACCACGGCUCCGCUGCCGUCAGCAGGAAGUGCGGCUCCAUUUACAGGGGCUUCUCUCAGUGUCUCCUGGCCCUGGGGGACAGCAUGUCGGAGAGCCUGCAGAGGGGCGAGGACACGCAGGAGAUUGACAGCGUGUGCAGGUCUUGGGAUGAGUUUCACACCUGUGUGAACGUGGUGCUAGCAGGGUGCCCAGAUGAGGCGGCGGCAGUGUGGGAAUCGCUGCGGCAAGAGUCCAAGAAGAUGCAGUUCUCAGGGAACCUGUACGAUAUGUGUGCCAACCGUGCCCAGCCCACUGCCAGUAUGCAGAGCCCACCCAGCCAGCAGGAGACCAAUCAGGAAUCUCUGAAAGGCCACGCCCCCCAGGAUGACCACACCCACCUCGUGCUGCUUGCCGCGUGUCUCCUCUGUCUGUGGCUACCUGUGUCAAGCUUCUAGCCGAACCACUGCAAAGGAGGGGAGGCUGGGGUCUGUUCGGAGAGGAGCACACAGAUGGACAGCCAUGGGGAGAUGGGGAGGGCCACGCAAUUUUGGUCUUGUGUCAGGUUUCCAGCACUGAGCAUGUGCGAUGUACCUCCUCACCUUGGAGAGACAUCAGCUGAGCAACUUCAGUAACACGAGUUCAGUCACAUCUACACACUCACACAGACACACACAGCUUACUCUCCUCCUAUCUAGUUUUGUCCAUGAUGGAACACUUGUCUGGAAAGUUGAGCUCUUGGAUGGAUGAAGAGGAGGGAAAAAAAAUCAUGAUGGGGGAGGGGCCUUGUGGAGAGGAUUCUGGGUAAUUUCACAAAAGCCUGAGUCAGAUCCAGAGCCCAUAUUAAGCUGCCAGACAUUCAAAACAAGGCUGUAAAAAAGUGAUCUGCCAAGCGUACACUUUCACUAGGUACAUUUUUCAUUCAAGUAUUUUUUGAGUAUCUUAUUUCAGCGCGAUCUGGCGGAAGAUGGCGGAAAAUUAUAAUUUUUAGGAAAUUACCCCAUUUUUGUGUUAAAUUUACAACUCUCCUGCAAUCAAUACGAAAUGGAAAUGAUUACUGCAGAGGCCUCAGAAAAUGUGCUGCACGUGUUGGUCUUUACAUCACACCUGAGCUGGUGUUCAUGCUCUCAUCAGCAUAACAGCAAGGCCAUUAAGCACAGAACUGUAAAUAUCAUACAUUGAGGUUUUUAUGUAUGUGAUUUUAAAAAAUAUUUACGGCAAAAUCCCACAGUUAGCUUUAUGUGUGUUGUUUUUGCCAUAAACUGUUGUUCACUUUAUCAUUUACAUUUGUGAAGUUCCUUACGUUUCCUCCCUGUUUUUGUAGAAUUUGUGUUUAUCAGACUUCUAAGUGUCAGAUAUUCAUGUGACAUUUCAGUAAUGAUAGUCCACAGGAAACACUUUUUUUGCAUGAAAGACUGCACAGCUUCAUAAAAGGUAAUUAUAUUGCAAUAACAUUUAAGUGUAUUUUUGCCUAUAGAUAUGUAGUAAAAAUACAAUUCAAUGCUAAAUAUAAUUACAGCUAAUACAAAAAUAUUGAUAUAUUGGUAUGUUGUCAUCAAUAAAUUACGUUAUUUGUUAAUA